GUGAGGAAGCACUUUGCAGAAAGCAGUUUAAAUGGGCACAAAGGACAAUGCAAAUCCCUGUUUUUACGGUUGAUGCUUUUACAAACCGGCCGUUUUUUGGAAAUCCUGCUGCAGUUUGUCUGCUUGAAAAUGACUUGGAUGAAGAUUUGCACCAAAAAAUUGCAAUGGAAAUGAACCUUUCAGAAACUGCUUUCAUCAGAAAACUGCACCCUGGAGAUGACUUUACUAAAAGUUCCUGCUUUGGACUCAGAUGGUUCACCCCAGCCAAUGAAGUUCCUCUCUGUGGUCAUGCUACACUUGCAGCAGCUGCUGUGUUGGUUCACAUACAAAAAAACAAAAAUUCAGUUCUCACAUUUGUGACGUUGAGUGGGGAAUUAAGAGCCAGACAAGUGGAAGAUCAUAUUGUCCUGGACUUACCACUUUACUUAACCUACCCACAGGUACUUCAGGAAGUAGAAGAGUUAAUAAAGGCAGCUGUUGGUGACAUGAUUGUUCAAGAUCUUCGUUACUCUCCUGACACAAAGAAACUCUUAGUCCGCCUCAGUGAUGCUUAUGAAAGGUCUGUGUUGGAAGAACUACAAGUGAGUGCACAACGCUUUUUAUCAGCUGAAAAGACAGGAAAGGUGAAAGGACUCAUACUCACUCUUAAGGGAAAUUCCAGUGGAAAAUGUAAAGGCCAUGAUUUCUACUCCAGAUAUUUUGCACCUUGGUAUGGAGUUCUGGAAGACCCUGUUACAGGAUCUGCCCAUGCUGUCUUAAGCAGCUACUGGUCGGAGCAGCUGGGGAAGAAAGAAAUGCUUGUGCAGAAGUGAAAGCUAAUGAUGCUUCCAAAGAAAUAUCUGGACUGCACGACUCUCACCAGAGAAAUGCUGUUGUGAAAUAUUUUGAAAAUGGAUAGUCAGUACAUUUAUGUAACCGUUUUGCAAGUAUGCAAAGUGAAGGAUAAUCGACAACAGUCUCAUUUGUGUAACAGCUUUGACCCAUUAGAGGCUUUUAAAUCAUGCAUCACUGACUUCAGGGUUGCCGUUGUCAAGCUACUUACAGAUCCUAGUUAAAUCAGGCGUUUCAUAUUUUUGCCCUCAUUCGCUUUUGUUUACCAGCAGGAGACAAAAUAUUUAAUUAGUUUUGGGGCAUUUAUAAUCUCCUCUGGGCCAGCUACAGCCACAAUGCUGGACGCCACUUCUGAGUUAAUUCCAGUCAGGCUGGCCCCUCCAGUACAACAUAUGGGGAACCUAUAAGCCUUUAGCAAAACUUGCAACUGAACUAUUAGAAGGGUGGGACCUCCCUGCUGGGAAAAUACUGCACAACAAAGCCAAAAGGGGCCGGCGUCACCAGUGGAGGUCAAGGCAGCACUUAGACCAAACAGCAUCUGGCAAACUGUGCCAAAUAAAAAUCAAUGAGAAGCAGGGCAGUGGGUAGUAAUUUUAUGCCUGUUUGCACAAGAAAAUAACUCCUCCUGAACUGAAAAAUUAUUUUAUAGAAAUAUUAACAGCAUUUUUUGUCAUCACUUUCACCAUUGUUGCUUCAUGUAUUUUAUUUCAGUCAAUAAACUGUAUGGCACACCUUAUACAUGAUUUUGGCUUGGACAAGCAGCAUUAAUUGUAGCAUUAAUUAUGUUUUGGGAAGUGAAGAGUUUUGAGAUUCUUCUU